AUGGCAGCUACAUCAAGAGUUCAAUGUAAAAAAUGUGAGAAAAAUUCUGGUAUAAUCACAUGCAAUGGCUGUUUAGAAGAAUUGUGCAGACGGUGUUUCAAUGAUCACCGUCAAGAUUUGUUAAAAGAAUUCGACAAUGUUGUUUACGAACAUGAUAUGCUCAAACAGCAGCUUGAAACGCCAAAUGAAAAUGAGUCUCACCCUUUGUUAAAACAAAUUGAUGAAUGGAAGAAAGACUCUAUCAAUAAAGUCAAACAACUUGCUGAACAAUGUCGGGCUGACGUUGUCAACUUGCUCGAUGAGAACAAGGACGCAUUUAUCAAUAGAUUGAGCAAAAUAACGAAUACAGUUCGUAAAGGUAGAGAUGAUGACGACUAUGAUGAACGAGAUCUCAGAAAGUGGAUGGAUGACUUAAAAGAAUUAAAAGAUGAACUUAUCAAACCAUCGAACUUCUGCGUUGAAGAGGAUAAACAACAAUCUCCUUGGAUUCCAAAGAUCAGAGUACGCGAAAAUUUCUACGACCAAGCAAAAGCGAAAAAUGUUCAAACCUAUAUAGAUAUUAGUUUAUAUGGGAUUAAUAUAUGGAAUGUGCAUGAUGCAAUAAUUAAUGAUUUACCAAGGACAAACAAUCAUGUUGAGGGGUACAAUAGUCGUUUGGAAAGUAAUUUUCCAAAACACCCACAUAUUUAUCAUUUUAUUGAAUUGUUACGUGAUGAACAUUUAUAUCAACAUCAUAGAGCUGAAGAAUCAGAUAUGCAAAUAAGGAAACGAAAAAACUUAUACAAUAAUAUUGAUAGUAAGUUAAAAGAAUUACAUGAAGAACACGUAAAAAGAACAAUAACAAAUACUGAACUGGCUAUUAAAUGUGGUAGAGCUGUUUAA